GGCUUUCCCAACCACCCCAGCCACAAAUUUCCAAGGCCACACACACUGUGACCCAUAGAAACUACCGGACAACCAACUGGUUCCAACAGAUCAUUACUCCCCUUCUUUCAUCUCAAUCAAAACAAAUCUCGGUUUGCAUCGUAACAUUCCCAAGGUGCAUCAUCGAAGCACCUACCAAUAUCGACUGAAUCAAUUCCAGUCUCCAUCUCUCAUGCACUCCGAAUUGUAAAAGGAGUGACAUUGAUCAGAUACUUGUCCAACGCCCGCUUGGCUGGGGUUUCCAGCGGAAUACCAGCCUAGUCGAAAUUUAAAUCGAUAAUUACAGUUUCCAUUCCAGACGAACAGACAAUUACAAGUACAACGCCAUUGUACUCGCCAUCAAUAUGGCACCUGUACUCCCUAACCUCGAAGCACACGCCCGCAACCUUAUCACCGCCGCCCGCGAUGCAGCUCAUCACAUCGCCGGUCGCACCGCCUCCAGUACCCUCACCCCAUCAACCGAAGCCCUCCGACAAGCCGGGCCUCUAGUAGCUCGCUCGAUCUUACUCUCCCGCGAUGACUCCACCGACACGAACAAAGUAGACCCUCACAAAGGCGUUGUGAGCCCACAAAACAUCAACAACACCUUCGUAUUCGUACUCUUUGGUCUGAUCGGCGCCGCCUUCGUCUGUGCGGGGAUCUGGUUUUUCUUCUGGGCUAAGAACGGAGGAUUCCAUUUCAAAGAGAACGAUUGGGACGACUACAAAUCAACUGUGCUCCGCCGCAAGGGUCCAAAUGGCACCAUCCUAUCCGGCGCCACGCCCAGCACUCAGCUCGGUGGCGGGUCCGUGUAUAAGGACGUGGACGACGGCAUGACUGAGUACACGGGCGGGCUAACCCAGAUGACCGGUGACACCGGCGACACAGGCAGCACUCUCACGGGCAUCACAGGCGGCGCAUCAGACGUAACAGGCCGCGAGCGACGGCGCCAGAAGCGCGAACGCAAAGAGCGCGAGCGCGAGAAGAAAAAGGACCGCCGCAACCGAGAAAAGUCCGGACGCCGCGUCGGCGAAGACGGCGUCCUCGUCGACGAGGACGCCGAAGCCGCGGCCAAGGACCACCUACGCGCGUACCGACACGAGAAAGCCGCUAGAGUCGGCGGCAUCAACAAGGAGGCCGAGAGCAGCCAAUGGGAAGGAAGCACGAACCGCGACGACUCGACCACGGCUGGCAGCGAGCUGCUGAGCAACCGCCAGAGCACGCCGACGAAUACCCCGACGAAGAGCGAGAUGAAGGAGACGAAGAACCGUACUGGUGGUGGAAUUAGGAAGGUGUACAGUACUGCUGACCGUAACGCAGACCGCGAGGAACGCCGCGAGGCGCGACGGCUGCGAGAGGAACAGCGUAAGGCGGGAAGCAGCAGUGGAAUCAAGCGUGAUUUCAGCUUCCAGCGCGCGAAGGUGGCGCCGCAUACCGCGGCCAGCGCGGUUUCUUCUUCGGUCCAGGCCAGCACUAUACAAGAGGAAGGCGAGAGUGCGGUGGGUGAGAGCUCCGGCGCGAACAGGUACCUGCCUCCCCCGCCUGGCGGCUGGGCCAGCGAAGUCGGCACCGAGAGCGAGGUGGGAACGAAGUCAUACCACCACGUCAUCCCGGGUAUCUCGCCCAGCACGGUCAGUGGCAGCGCGAGCGGCGUCGGCAGCAGUGUCACGGGUACCGAUGUCAGGGACUACGCGGACGAGAAGAGGAAGAAGCGAUCGCAACGCCAUCGUCGGGAGUAAAGGGGGUUCAUGGGCAGGAGAAACGGAAAGGAUGGGUAUCGGGAAGAGAUGGGAAAAUGCGGUUUCUAGGCCGUCUUAUCUUCCCACCCCCAUACCCCUUUUUUUCCUACAUGUCACGUAAUACGGAGUUCUUACGCACGAGGAGGAACGGGUCCUCAUCAACGAUUUGGUUUUGCUCUUUUUCUUCUCACUCGUCUAACGUCUAUGGGUCCCACGGUUACGGUUUGCUUGUUGUCGCUUCGGCUCUAGAGAAAUGAAUGCUAGCAUGGAUGACGGGUGGGCGGAUGGACGAUACGAAACACGCAUGUAUGUAAAAUGACCGAUGAGGUAAAUCAAGGCUACUCAAUUACUUGACUUUCAUGUUGCCUACUAUGUGAUAUACGAUGUAAGGAAAUAUGCAGUACUUUUGCUUUAAAA